AUGCUCUUGGUGCAUCUACCGCGAAUAAACACUAGCACUAUAGAUAGCGUGCGCAUCAUGGCGAUGAUGCAGCCGCCCAUGAUGCAAGAGCCGCGUGAAGCACUCUUCGUGACGGGCCUUCCGAAGGACUGCAGCAACGAAUAUUGCCGGUCAGUCUUCGGCCAGUACGGCACGGUGAAGGAGGUCAACGUGUUACCAGUCCUAGCAGGAAAAGAAACCGCAGCAGCCAUUGUCACUAUGGCAACAGUGGACGAUGCGAAGUGGAUCGUGGAGAAUGUCAACGGCAACGUCCCGCAAAGCCUUGUGUCGCCUGUGACCGUGCAGUUUGCAACACCCAAAUCCAGCGGCAAGGGUGCAGCAAUCAAGGGAAUGAAAGGGAUGCAAGGGAUGCCAGGGAUGCAAGGGAUGCCAGGGAUUCCAGGGAUGCCAGGGAUGCCAGAGCUGCAGGGCAAGGGUGGUAUGAUGGAUGUCUUGAUGGCAUUGGCCAACACACUUGCAGGCGGCUAUGGCGGGAGUGGCGCUGGUCUGAACGGCUGCGCUGGAGGAGUUGGUGAUGCUGGCGCCCUGAGUGGCUGCGGCUGUGGUGGGAAGGGUGGCGGGUACAAUCCUGCCAGCUACAAGACCCGAAUGUGCAAAUUCAUCGAGCUGGGUCUUGGGUGCCGAAAAGGAGAGCAGUGCACCUAUGCGCAUGGGGCGUGGGAGCUGGCAGGCAGUGGCGCUGGCAAGGGGCCCGCCAGCGGGUUGAUGCCACGCUCCAAAGGUCCCAAGACGCGCAUGUGCCCCUACUACAUGCAAGGCAAGUGCACAUUUGGGGAAGCCUGCAAUUUCGCUCAUGCAGAGAGUGAGCUGUUCCAGCAAUGA